AAGUUUUGGUUUAUUUUAAUACUUCAAAUGGCCACGGCACCGGCUCUAGCAGCUGCAAGACUUGAUGCUCUGCAUGGUCUGCUCGGCGACAUGUGUGAUGACUUGGUGGACCCUAUAUGGAACUAUCUUCCUCCGACUUACCCUAAUGGUUGCACUCACAUCAAAGGUACACGACUCCCUGAUGCUUUCGCCCCCCUCGAGUUUGACUUGAUUGACUCGGUCGAACCCACUGAGAUGCUAGGCAUGAUCGGCCCAAGUACUGUUGUCGUUGCUUCUUUGCAAGGCGGCCCGCAAGUGGGUCCGCAUCCGCUGUUGGGUGGGUUUGGGAUCGACCCUGCUCGCCAGAUACCAAUGAACGAUGCGAGUCAGAAAUCUCCCGAGGUAGUCUGUCACCUUGAAGGUGUAUUGCAGCAUGGUUGUCUGGUCAAUGGGCAGCUCUAUUACACUCUUAUGGAUGACCCUAUUCACCUUCUCAGAAGACCUGUCCUACGAGGGCCAUCCGCCCCAGCGAUCAUGGAGCUUCCGGAACAAUGCCGUCAACUGAAACCAGUUAAGGACUGCCUCUUCCUUGUUGGCAUGGAGACUGAUUGGCUAUACAUGCUCAGUCCCAAGAGCCGUGAAUUCAAGAAGGUCCUCCGGCUCUCUCGCGAUCUUGAUCGCCUGAUCAUCUGGGAUGAUGAAGACGAAUGGGACCCCGGCUUCAUCAUCCCUGACCCUGUGUUCCAAGAUGCUAUUCUGGAGAAGGGCCGUCCGACUCACGUUCUUUAUACUAAGGGUAACUCCAAAGGGGAGCUCUGUCUUUGGAGGAGAGGUAUGGGUAUUGUGAAGGAAGCUCCGGAGCACAAGGCCAUUGCUUGCCGCUUUGUACCUUUCACUAACGGAAAAGUCUGUGCUGGCUCAUUCGGUGGCCAACGUGAUGAGAUGUUCUUCGUUUACGAUAUAUACAAAGAUGCCGUUGUUGCUCCGCCUGAGAGCCAUUGCAAUAUGGAACUUCUCCCCCACUGUGAGUACGAGUGUUUUGGGUACGAGGACAUACAUUCCCUGACUAUAAGUGACGAUUGGACGGCCCACAUCGCUAUCCGUGGGAGACGAGAAGCAGUGCGAGGAAACAGAGUUACUUAUUGCGCAGGAUACUCUGCCAUGAAGCUUCGACACUAUGUGAGGUACACUCGUCAUGAGGAUCAUGGAUUCCACAUGGAAUACAUAGAAGAAGAGGAGCGUGAACUGUACGGUUCUGAUUACGAUAGCGAGGAUAGUGACUUCUGAUUGGUUGAGAGGUUAUAUCAGCGAUUGUUUUGCUCAAAGUUAUAUCAGCGAUUGUUUCGACCCCUCCGAAUCGAGGGGAGGAGCGGGACUCUAUGAUUGGUUGUGGAGAGCCACGAUGCCUAGCUAAGAACU